CCACGGACUCGGCUGCUGAAGUUAGAGAUGGCGUCCCUCCUGCAGCCAGAUAGAGUCGUCUAUCUGGUUCGUGGAGAGAAAAAGAUCAGAGCUCCUUUAUCUCAGUUGUAUUUCUGUCGCUACUGUAGUGAGCUACGAUCUCUAGAAUGUGUGUCUCACGAGGUGGACUCGCACUAUUGUCCAAGCUGUCUGGAGAACAUGCCAUCUGCAGAGGCUAAGCUUAAAAAGAACAGGUGUGCAAAUUGUUUCGACUGCCCAUGCUGCAUGCACACACUGUCUACUCGAGCCACCAACAUCCCAGCUCCUCUGCCUGAUGACCCUACCAAGACAACCAUGAAGAAAGCCUACUACCUGGCCUGUGGCUUCUGUCGCUGGACCUCCAGGGAUGUGGGAAUGGCUGACAAAUCAGUUGCCAGCGGUGGAUGGCAAGAGCCAGAGAACCCUCACACUCAGCGGAUUAGCAAGCUGAUCGAGUAUUACCAGCAGCUGGCACACAGAGAGAAGCAGGAGAGAGACCGGAAGAAGCUGGCCAGGAGACGACAGUGCAUGCCUCUGGCGUUCUCGGAAAAAUAUGGCCUUGGAACCAGACUGCAGAGGCAGAGGUCUGGAGCUCCCAUAUCAAGCCUGGCUGGCCUUUCCCUUAAAGAGGGUGAGGACCAGAAGGAGAUCACUAUCGAACCUGCCCAGGCUCUUGAUGAAGUGGAACCCCUGCCUGAGGAUUGUUAUACCAGGCCCAUCAGCUUACCGGAGGUGACCACACUGCGGCAGCGGCUUCUGCAGCCUGACUUCCAGCCUGCAGGGGCGUCUCAGCUCCAUCCCAGACACAAACACCUCCUGAUGAAACGCUCACUGCGCUGCAGGAAAUGUGAGCACAACUUGAGCAAGCCAGAGUUUAAUCCCACUUCAAUCAAGUUUAAAAUUCAGCUGGUGGCUGUGAGUUACAUCCCUGAAGUGAGAAUUAUGUCCAUUCCAAAUCUGCGGUACAUGAAGGAGAGUCAAGUUCUGCUGACCCUGACCAACCCAGUGGAGAACAUCACCCACGUCACAUUGGCUUCCUGUGAGGAGGAAGAUCCUGAUGACAUCAACAGCACUGCCAAGGUUGUAGUACCCACUAAGGAGCUGGUCUUGGCAGGAAAAGAUGCUGCUGCUGAGUAUGAUGAGCUGGCUGAACCGCAGGACUUCCAGGAUGACCCAGAUGUUGUUGCCUUCAGGAAAUCCAACAAGAUUGGUUUCUUCAUCAAAGUGAUCCCUCAGAAGGAAGAGGACGCCGAUGUCGUGGUUUCUUUCAAGAUCCGACACGACUUCCGCAACCUCGCAGCUCCUAUCAGGAGCGAGGAGGGAGCCGAAAACGCCACUGAGGCCAUUUGGCUCACGCACCAUGUCGAGCUGAGGCUGGGACCGCUCGCUCCCUGAACAUGAAUACUCCAUCAGACAGUCCUUGUGUUGGGUUCUCUGAAAUAAUUUCUGUAUACUGUGGGGAUGAUUUAAUUUACAAAUGGUUUCUGAUUCUGCUUAUGUAAGAACUAUUUGAGAUCUACUAGUUUUUUUUGUUUUGUUUUGUUGUUGCCUAAGUUGCAUCAUCAGAUGUGUUGCUGAACACACAGUGAUUGCAUGAUAGCCUAGUUUAUUAAGCUGUACAAAAACCAUGGCUGACUGCAUACUUAACUGAUGAGUUAAACCUCAGUUAAGUUUUUUUCUCUUUGAUUUGAUGUUGCUAAAUGCAAUACCAAAAACAUGACAAUGGUACAGUAUUUCACAUCAUCCUCCUCAGCUUAAACACUAAAUCAGUAAAAAGCACUUUUAGUGUGAGGUUACACAGAGGAAACUGAACCUUACAUAGACAUGUAACUGCUCAUUUAAAAAAUAUGAAGUUUUGUUUGUACCAUCUAUUGGCAUUGUUGUUGGAAUGUGAAAGAUUUAAUAUGAUUUAAUAUUUUCUUAAAUGGGAAAAGCAACUUUAACCUCCCAGCAUCUGUCCCCACACAUAAGUUGCAGUUUUUCUGAGGCGAAAUAUUAGAAUAUAUGUAGAAAACAGCAGUUUAUGUUCAAAGAUGAGAACGAGUGGUUACACAUUAAUACAGCAACAACUUCAAAAUGGUGAAAAAAAAAAAAAUCAAGUCGAUGAGCAGAAUCAGAAAUCAUAACUGAGAACAAUCUGAGUAAUUCCCAACUGUGCAGCACACGCCUCUGCGCUUUUAGCUUCCGUAUCCUCGUCAACAUCCUUUUCUGCAGACAAUAGUAUCGUAUUAACUCGCAUGCUUCAACUGUAGUGAACAUCGCAGACAGUGUCAUCACAGUUACUGGUCCUCUACUGUUUUCUUAUCUGUUUUCUUGGGUUGAAGGUGAUACCUGCCCAUAAUUUUACUAUGGUCUGAAGUCAUACCUUCAUUGGCACUAUGGAGAGGACGUAUAAGCAGCUCUGUAAAUGACAUCAUUUAAAUGUACUGAGACACUAUAACUUUUUUCUGAUAUAAAAAUGUUUUGGUUUGUAGAAUUCACUGACCUCUCGGUGUAUAUCGUAAGCUGCUGUCAUGUUUGGUCUCACGUGUGUUAGUGAAACAGAGCCUACCAACAAACACAGUUAAUCCUCUGUACUGGCUAAUAAACUAAUGUGAUA